AUGGAAGAAGCGGCAGGUUAUAAUCAACUACAAUGUUCGAUCACCUUCGUUCCGCUCGAACAUGAAUCAUAUAGGGAAAGAUCAAACGUAGAAUGUUCGAUCACCUUCUUUCUGCAACGUAAAAAUUGCCGGGGCUGUCGACCUCGGCUCACUGAGAUGAGAUUUAAUGCUUCGAAAUCCGAUCUCCCUCUCCACCAUUGCAUCCGCAAUAAAGUCUCCCUUGCCACCAUUGCAUCCACUAUAAAGUCUCCCUCUCCACCAUUGCAUCCCUAUAGUCUCCCUCUCUACCAUUGCAUCCCCUAUAAAGUCUCCCGCUCUACCAAUGCAUCCGCUAUAAAGUCUCCUUCUCCACCAUUGCAUCCUCUCCCUCUCCACCAUUGCAUCCCCUAUAAAGUCACCCUCUCCACCAUUGCAUCCGCUAUAAAGUCUCCCUCUCCACCAUUGCAUCCCUAUAAAGUCUCCCUCUCUACCAUUUCAUCCCCUAUAAAGUCUCCCUCUCCACCAUUGCAUCUCUAUAAAGUCUCCCUCUCCACCAUUGCAUCCCUUAUAAAUUCUCCCUCUCAAACAUUAAAUCUCUAUAAAGUCUCCCUUGCCACCAUUGCAUCCUCUAUAAAGUCUCCCUCUCCGCCAUUAAAUCUCUAUAAAGUCUUCCUCUCCACCAUUACAUCCCCUAUAAAGUCUCCCCCUCCACCAUUGCAUCCACUAUAA